AUGCCCCCUCUGUUCCGUACCCUCCUCUGUUCCCACCCAUUCAGUUCCCUACCCCCUCUGUUCCGUACCCGGUUCUGUUCCCUACCCCCCUCUGCUCCUACCCUCCACUCUUCAAACCCUCCUCUGUUCACACCCCUUUUGUUCCCUACCCCCUCUGUUCCGUACCCUCCUCUGUUCCCACCCAUUCAGUUCCCUACCCCCUCUGUUCCAUACCCGGUUCUGUUCCCUACCCCCCUCUGCUCCUACCCUCCACUCUUCAAACCCUCCUCUGUUCACACCCCUUCCGUUCCCUACCCCCUCUGUUCCGUAACCUCCUCUGUUCCCACCCAUUCAGUUCCCUACCCCCCUCUGUUCCGUACCCUCAUCUGUUCCCUACCCCCCUCUGCUCCUACCCUCCACUCUUCAAACCCUCCUCUGUUCACACCUUUUCCGUUCCCUACCCCCUCUGUUCCAUACCUCCUCUGUUCCCACCCAUUCAGUUCCCUAACUCCUCUGUUCCGUACCCUCAUCUAUUCCCUACCCCCCUCUGCUCCUACCCUCCAAUCUUCAAACCCUCCUCUGUUCACACCCCUUCCGUUCCCUACCCCCUCUGUUCCGUACCCUCCUCUGUUCCCACCCAUUCAGUUCCUUACCCCCUCUGUUCCGUACCCUCAUCUUUCCCUACCCUCUCUGUUCCGUACUCGGUUCUGUUCCCUACCCCCCUCUGCUCCUACCCUCCACUCUUCAAACCCUCCUCUGUUCACACCCCUUCCGUUCCCUACCCCCUCUGUUCCGUACCCUCCUCUGUUCCCACCCAUUCAGUUCCCUACCCCCUCUGUUCCGUACCCGGUUCUUUCCCUACCUCCUCUGUUCCGUACCCUCAUCUAUUCCCUGCCCCCCUCUGCUCCUACCCUCCACUCUUCAAACCCUCCUCUGUUCACACCCCUUCCGUUCCCUACCCCCUCUGUUCCGUACCCUCCUCUGUUCCCACCCAUUCAGUUCCUUACCCCCUCUGUUCCGUACCCUCAUCUGUUCCCUACCCCCCUCUGCUCCUACCCUCCACUCUUCAAACCCUCCUCUGUUCACACCCCUUUUGUUCCCUACCCCCUCUGUUCCGUACCCUCCUCUGUUCCCACCCAUUCAGUUCCCUACCCCCUCUGUUCUGUACCCGGUUCUGUUCCCUAUCCCCCUCUGCUCCUACCCUCCACUCUUCAAACCCUCCUCUGUUCACACCCCUUCCGUUCCCUACCCCCUCUGUUCCGUACCCUCCUCUGUUCCCACCCAUUCAGUUCCUUACCCCCUCUGUUCCGUACCCGGUUCUGUUCCCUACCCCCCUCUGCUCCUACCCUCCACUCUUCAAACCCUCCUCUGUUCACACCCCUUCCGUUCCCUACCCCCUCUGUUCCGUACCCUCCUCUGUUCCCACCCAUUCAGUUCCCUACCCCCUCUGUUCCAUACCCGGUUCUGUUCCCUACCCCCCUCUGCUCCUACCCUCCACUCUUCAAACCCUCCUCUGUUCACACCCCUUCCGUUCCCUACCCCCUCUGUUCCGUACCCUCCUCUGUUCCCACCCAUUCACCUGAGAGCCGUCCCCAAGGGGGGGAAGGGGACCGAGGGUCCCCGUGUGGCCUGAGAGCCGUUCCCCAGGGGGGGGAGGAGACCGAGGGUCCCCAUGUGGCCUGA